AAUUAACGGAACAACAUCAACGACAACAACCGCUCUUCUUUCUCCUCCUCCCUACCAUAUAUAUCGUCUCAAUGAAACUCCAGAGGUGACCAGGCGCGACAGACUCGCGACUACGUUAACCACACGGGAAGCACUCCAUCAUGCGCGAGUUCAUGAACUACAUCACCAAUGCCUUUUACGGCGCAACGGGGUGGAACGAAGACAAUAAGUACAACGAGCUGAAUGCAACAUCUAGAGAACUUAUCGACUUUCCUCUUCCCCGUGGCUUGCGCCUGACCCUUUCCUCGCUCGCAACACCCCAUUUUGCGACAAGCUACCAACUUGGCAGUGUUGGCGUCGUCGACGGCUCUAUAUCAUACCUACAUAGCUCCAUUCCCCUGACCCAUAUUGCCGCCCAGUCCGACAAGAUCCCGCUCCCCGCUCUCCUACGAUGUUACCGCCGUCUACACGACCUUCGCUCGCCUGGCCAACAACACUACAUACUCGAUGCCGACCCGUUGUCCGGACUGCCGCCAUCACCACAAAGCGCACGAGCACUACUAGGCGCAGCACCAGACGCCGCUGUAGCUGGUGGGGCGCUGGAUGGAGGGAAUACGGACCAGGAUCUAGGCAUAUACACACACUCUCUUCUAUACGGUCGUCUGUAUCUGCCCAAAUCACUGCUCGAGGGUAUGAUUAUCAAGCGCUUUACCCAAGCGCUUCAAGUCCAAGUAAGAGCCGUCAGUGAGCAGUCCUUAAGGAAUGGCGGGACCAUCCUGGGCUUGGUGCAGUAUGACAAGGGCAAGUAUGGUCUCGAAGGUCUUUACUCGACCGACGGUGGUCUGCUGGGUUUUCGUGGUCUUUAUAACUUUGGCGGCGACGCCUCUUCCUCGACCUGUGAUCCCUGGACACCUACGCCAGGAGAGAACAACAACAACAAUAACAACAGUAACAACGGAAAUGCCCAGGCCGGCGAGAAGGAGCGCAUCUACGGUCGCUUCAGCGUCGGCGGAGAGCUCUACUACGGAACCCUCAACAAAUCCGGCGGCAUGUCGCUUGGCGCACGUUUUGCCACCCUUCCAGCACACCGUGGGACACCCCUCACCGCAACCCUAACCAUAAACCCACUUAUGGGCAACAUCAAUGCCACGUAUGCCCUUCUAGCUCGAGAAUACUGUUCGCUCGCAACGCGGGUCGAUUUCAACGUGUACAGUUAUGAAAGCGAGUGGGCGGUAGGUAUGGAACUCUGGAGUAAUCGUAGACCAGCCGGCUUCCUGCUCGGCGCGAGCCCUUCCAACGAUUUUGAGCCGGAAUCACACCCACCCAGGAAGAAGGAGAGGAGUUUUCAGGCGAAAAUGGAAUGGCGGCUUGAUGAUCCUGAGCCUGAACCCGAACCCGAGCCUACUCCCAAAACUAAAAAGAACGACGAGUACAAGGGGGUCCUAAAAGCUCGCCUUGACAACAACCUUCGCAUGGGGUUGCUGUGGGAAGGAAGAGCCAAGUCCCUUAUUUUCAGUAUAGGAACGGGGAUCGAUCUGCAUAAAUUGGGUGAGCCCUUUAGGAGCCUUGGCCUGGAGGUUCAGUACUCCUCUUGAUCAUCGAACGACAAACAUCCUAGUCCAACAUCAUUAUUCGUACAGCUGUUCUUCAGACAGGCCAAGCUUCGUACAAU